CACACCACUUGCAGACAAACAGUCCUCUGAGUGCACGCACACACGCGCACACACACACACACACACAUGGUCCCUCUCACACACGCGCCUCGCAGGAAGUACAGGCGAGAGGAAAUGACUCGUGAGGCCUCCUCGUUCUGCCGGCCGAGCGCUGCCCUCCCCCUUCUGCUCACACACCGGCCCAGUGCCUGCUGCCAUGAGGGUCCAGGUCUCCAUAUUGUUGUUGUUCCUGGGCCUGGUCCAAGCCCUGGUUCCGACUCAGCAAGAUAACUCCCCGAAGGACGGCAAAGCGACGACUUUGCUGGCUGAGCAGCGGGCAACCGUCAGCCCGAGGCCCAAAGUGGGGCAGGACUCUGAAGUCAAGACCCCAUCUGACCCCAACUUGGAUUUGACAGCCCCCACAGGAUCUGGAGGCUCCAGUUCCAGCAGCACGAGCACAACCGCUUCAGGCUCCAAGAGGCCUGUCACACACAGAGAGCCCGGGAGCUCGGCCAGAUUAGGAGCCGGCCAAAGCCAGGAAGAAAUCUUCACUUACGAUUACUACUCCCUGCGCAAGUGGGGCCUGAUAGCCGCCGCCAUCCUCUUCGUCCUGGGCAUCCUCAUCCUCACCUGUGGUAAAUAUGGGAAAUUCUCCGGAUGUGGGGGCCGGAAGCGGAGGAGCGCCUAUGAUAUCUCCCGACUCUGAGGCACCCCCUGCUGGGGGGUCCCUGUGGUGCCGGACACCGCUUGGAGGGGCCGGCUCGGAGCCCCACAGCGAUGCUGCGUUCCUGGUGGGGGGGCUGGGGCAGAACCAGCAGCACAGACCCCAGGGCUGCCAAGUGCCCCCUGCUCCCCACUCUGUGAUCCGUCUGUCAGCAGCACCCCGGCUCUGAUCACCCCGGCCCGGCCCCUCUAGCCCCCCCUCCUCCCUCUCCUUUCCCCCAUCUCCGUCCCCUCCCCCGCCCAGCCUGAUC